AUGAAUACUUUUAAAUUGGUAAGAUUUGUAAUAGGAAGUUGCAUAAGAGACGGUUUUAAUGAAACUAAAACAGAACAAGAAGUAAAUAAUCUUAAAGAAGAUAAUGAUGCAUCGGAUAAUGAAUCAUCAAGUGAAGUAGAUGAAAAUGGAAGUUUAUCAAUAAGUAGUCAUAAUGAAGCUGAAUUAAGAAAGUUAAUUGAAGAAAAUGAAAAGACUUUUUUUAAAAAUAAAGUGGAAGAAUUAAAACUUGAUAAAAAAUUAAAAGAAAUAGAUAAGAUACAAAAUGAACUUUACGAAAAAAAUAGAUAUUUUUCUAAUGUACGAGAAAAAAUAGAAUAUUUUAAUUUAAUAACAAUCAUUGUUGUAGGAAUAUUUCUUUGUUAUUGGUUUAAAUAA